AUGGCAGACAGGAUUGGCGUUGCGAUCAUAGGGAGCGGCAUCAUCGUCAAAGACUCCCACCUCCCCACCAUCCUCACAAACCCGCACCUCACCCUCAAAGCCCUCUUCUCCCGCACCCUCGCCUCGGCCCAAAGCCUCACCAAAGACCUCCCAGACAAGAUCGACCUCUACUCUCAAGACUCCUCUCCCUCGAACACAUACGCCGACCUCCUCGCCCGCUCCGACAUCCGAACCGUGAUCAUCGCCCUGCCGAUCCCGGUCCAGGUGGACUUCAUCAAGCAAGCCUUGACGGCGGGGAAGCAUGUCCUCGCGGAGAAACCGCUCGCGAAGGAUGUUGCGACGAGUGUGGAGUUGUUGGAGUGGUAUCGUUCCAACAUCGACACGUCCAAAGUCUUGCUCGGCAUAGCGGAAAACUGGCGCUUCACGAACGUCUUCGCCAAAGCCGCGGAGGAGGUGAAGCGAUUCGGCAAAAUCCAGGCGUUUAAUGCGCGGGUGCAUUUUUAUCUGCCGCCGGGGGAGAAGCAUACGACGACGGAGUGGAGGAAGACGCCGGAGUUUCAGGGUGGGUUUUUGUUGGAUUCCGGGGUGCAUCUUGUGGCGGUUCUGAGGAAGGUUCUGGGCAAUGGUCAGGGACAAGUGAGGAGGGUGUCGGCUUUCACGACCUCGCUGGCGGAACAUCUUCCUCCUGUGGACACGGUUGCUGCGACGCUGCAGUUGGAGAAUGGCUCUGCUGGGACGGUGUCGAUUUCGUUUGGGAGUACGUUUUUCGAUGGCGAGUGGAGUGUUGCGUGUGAGGGUGGGACGGUCAGUGCGAAUGCGUUUACUUCUGAGUUGAAGAUGAAGCCUUUGGGGGGCGAUGAGAAGGUUUCUAGUGUCCCUGAUGCGCAGCAUAAUGUGAGUCAGGAGGUUGCGGCUUGGGUUAAGAGUAUCCAGAGUGGUGAGGUUGAGAGUCGUCUGCGUCCUGAAGAGGCGUUGGCUGAUGUGGAGAUCAUUGAGGCUAUGCUGAAUAGCGGCGGGAGUCCUGUUGAGUUGAAGUAUCAGAUCUAG